UUCGCCGUGCUACUUAUACAAUCUGACGGGGAAGCACGACUUUACCCAUAAUGCUUCGCAUCUCUAAUGUCAGGUGAUCGUCUUGAAAAGGAGAUGAAGACGAUGAAGCUGUGUUGGGGAUGUGAAAGGAAAAAUUUCCUAAUGUUUGCGUUAAUGAUUUACCCCUUUUUAUUCCUAGGCAUUGCCGCGGAUCAGCUGACUGUGCUGCAAGCUCCACAAUAUGUGACAUUCCGUGAGGGACGUUGGCCCAUUUCUGGGGAAAAGGUCCCGGAUCUGGUUGCCCUCACCAUGGGCUUUUCGGUGCAGGAGGAUCUAGGCUGGCCAGGCCUGCAGGUGGGGCCCCUGUUCGAGAGACCUCGGGCCACGGCGCUGGUGGUGGUGAGGGGAGUGAACAGUUUGGAAUUUUCUCAGAGCUCGAUGUCUUACCCCCUGGAACAUCCUGUGCCUUUCACGUUAGAUAGUGUAUCCAACACAGUUCACACUUUGUUUGUGGAUGACACUCCUGUUGUGUUGCAGCUGGCACCUAGUGAAGAGAGGCUUUACAUGGUGGGGAAAGCCAAUGCGGUGUUUGAAGACCUCCCCGUUACAUUGCAGCAGAUCAAAGGACGUCUCUCUCAGGAGGGCUCCGUCCUGAAUUCCAUGCCUCUCAACUCCCUCAGCCGGAGCAAUGAGGUGGACCUACUAUUCCUGUCUGAGGUGCAGGUGCUGCAUGACAUAGCUGCCCUGCUGCUGCGACACAGGCACCUUGCGAAGGAUCAUUCUCCAGAUUUGUACUCCCUGGAGUUCGCAGGUCUGGAGGAGAUCAGUCGGCAGUAUGGGAUGGAUUCUCAGCAGUUUCAGGACGCUGCCAAGAUUUUGGCUGAAGCGCUGCAGAAGUUUGCAGAGGAUCUGUCCAGCAUUUACAGCAGCAAUGCUGUGGUGGAGGUUGUAACAGUGAAGACCUUUGAGACGGCACUUACCAGGAAGUCCCGGUCUAUUCUUCAAUCCAGACAGAGUGAAAAUGAAGACAACAAGUUUAAUCUAGCGUACAAGUACGACUUUGACUAUGCUGUGAUUUUCAACAUUGUGCUGUGGCUCAUGAUUGGUCUGGUGCUGGCUGUCAUAGUCAUUGCCUACAACCUGUGGAACAUGGACCCAGGCUAUGAUAGCAUCAUCUAUAGGAUGACCAACCAGAAGAUCCGUCUGGAUUAAGCAGUCCUACUUUACCUUUUGGUUGUGAAGUGUGUGUGUGUGUGUGUGUGUGUGUGUGUGUGUGUGUGUGGUAUUCUCCUUGCCCAUUUCCCCUAUCCUUAGGUAGCCUGGAUUGCUAAAAAAAUAAUUUCUUUGGAAAAUUUUAGGCAACAUUACUGAAAAUGCAUGUCAUUUUUGCAAAUAUGAUCAUAUUGAAAUAUAAUUUAUGCAUCAAUUUGUUCAAUAUAAAUUGCAUUUUCAUUCCUUUCAGAGCUUAUAUUGACAUUUGUCUGAAGUGGUUUACAAGUGUAGCUGUAGUGACAAUCUACAGAAUUUUGUGAUUUCCUUCAUAAAAAAAAAUGCAUGCAAUUGUGGAGAAUGUCUUAAGUGUCUUCUCCAUAAAACUGCCCUGAAUUACAACACACAACCAAACUUCAUGUGCUUUAACUUGUGACUCACUCUUCCUGUGAGUGAGUAAUACCAGUUACAUUUCAUGUUUCUGUAGUCAGUUGGACACAAUGGGGAGAAAAGUCUUAGCAAUUGGCAAUAAGUCAAAGCAUAGGUUAAAGACUUUGGUUCACAUGAGUGAAUCAUAUUUAAACCAGGCUGCAUGAAAAGUCACACAAGUUCCCUCUAAGGCAUAGUGCUGUGUUCUGUCAUUCUUUUCCCCACUGUUGGAAUAGAGAAGGUACCACUGGAUGCUGAUUUUGUUAUUCUUGCUGUUUGCUAGUGUUGUAAAUGUCUGAGAUGUGUAACAGUUAAUUUAACUGAUUUAAAUAUAUGUAUAUAUUGUGAAAACAAUAUUGAUCUGUUAAGAUUUUUUUUUUGUCCAGUUGCAUCUUGAUGAUAGAUGUCCUAAGCCUGUUCACACUUGUAACAUUGAGACACAGCUCCCUCUCCAUUAAAUUGUUGGAAGUGUAUGUUCUGUGAUCAGUGUAACUGUACAUUCCCAUUACUUAUUGUGUGGUUUUCUGUUUUGAUGAAACUGUUUUGUUUCCUAAAAAAAAAAAAACUGUUAACUUGUUUCAUUGUAGGUGAAAUAUAAUAAAUACCACCUUGAAAUUAGCAGGAAAAACAUAAACUGAAUGACAUGAAAGACUAUGAAGUUAUGGGAGAUAUGUGAGCUUGUGAAAUAAAAUGUGAAGUGUG